AGGCAGAAACUUUGAUUGCAAAUUUUAAUGACAAAAUUACCCUUCAAACAUUCACAAAAUUCCGUGAACUUGCGUUUCUUUCUCCUCUUGAAGCUCUAAUGAGAGAGAGAGAUCAGAUAACUGCCAGUUCGCUUUAGAGAGAGAAAUAGAAAGAGACGGAGAGAGAAACAGCUCUCAGGGCCACUAGCUUGAUAGAGAUAUUAAGAAAACACAAUAAGAGGUUUGGAUUAGGGUUUCAACUAUUUUAGGGUUUUGGAGUGUAAAAUCAAAAAGUUCAGUUUAAUUAGGGUUUCGCGAAAUUAAUUGCCUGGAGUUUUGUUAUAUUGGGUAUUAUUUGUUUCAGGUUAGGUGUUGAAAUUUGGCGUGGCUUAAUGUGAGUGAAGGCUGUUUGGUUGGUGUGGGUGGGGAGUUAGGGUUCCAAUGGGGAGCACUGGUGAGCCUGACCGGAAAAGGCGUCAUUUCAACUCUAUAUCAUCACCCACGGCUGCCAUGGCUAAGAAGCAGCCGUUUUCCCACUCCUCUGAGGACAAAAAGCUUGAUACUGCUGUCCUUCAGUUCCAAAAUCAAAAGCUUGUACAGAAGUUAGAAGCCCAAAAGGUUGAGUAUUCUGCGUUAGAAAAUAAGUAUACACAAUUGAAGGAGAAACAACAGCCUUAUGAUUCCACAUUGAAGGCUGUCAAUAAGUCUUGGGGAGUGCUGGUUACUGACUUGGAAGUGCAUUCCAACCGCACAAGGGAAUCUAACAUUGGGCAGAACAUCAGGAGCUUCUCAAUCAAUGAGGAUGGGGUUUCAUCUUCUUUCGAGGAUGCUUUUCUAAGCCGACUUGCGGAAACUGGUGCAACCGAAACUUCAUCUAUAAAUAAUUGCCUCAAUCAUAUAGAAGAAGAUGAAGAAAAUACCUCUGAAAAGAUUAAGAACAUGUUGUAUAAUAUAGUGUCUGCAAUCAAUGACCUGUGGCAUUUAAAGGAUGGACUGCAUGCAGCUCUUUUGAAAGAGAUUUCGGAGGAUGGUGCAUGCAGGCAAAAGGAAUCAUAUGGGUUAGAAGCUGAGGUUAAGAACUUGAGAUUAGCACUAAGCGACCUUCAUUUGAAGCAUAAAACUUUUGCAAGGGAAUUGCAGAGCCAUAGAGAUAUUGAUGCAAAAAAUAAAGCUGAGCUCAACCGCCUAAAAGGGGAAUUGGAGAGUGCAGUUUCAGAAUUGGAAGAGAGUAAUUGUAAGCUGGCAUCACUUAAAGCAGAAAGAGAUGCAACCAAAGGGGCAUUUUUCCCUGUUCUAAACGUUGGAAAUAAACAUGCUUCUGGUGAUAAGGCCAGAGAUAAACAGAGGAAUCUGCAAGAAAUGGAGUCUACUCUCAAGGAGCUACUUGAUCAAGCUUCUAGCCGAUUGCGGGAUCUGAAAGCUCUUCAUGAUGAAAGGAUAAAAAUAUUACAGCAGUUGUCCAACUUGCAGAACUCAUUGAAGAAUUUGAAGUGUAUUUCUUCCUCACAAGCCUACAUUUUGGUGAGAGAUCAGUUAGAAAAGUCAAAAUCAGAAGUUUUCCAGUAUCAGGCCUUAUAUGAAAAACUACAGGUGGAGAGGGAUAAUCUUGUCUGGAGGGAAAAGGAAUUAUGCAUUAAAAAUGACUUGCUUGAUGUUUUUCGACGAUCUUCUUCAGUUGUGGAGUCUAGAAUUGCUGAUCUAGGGGUAGAGAUACAGAGACAGAUCAAAGAGAAAAACAUGAUUGAGGCUAAGCUGGAAGAGGCGUCAAGAGAACCUGGAAGAAAAGAAAUCAUUGCUGAAUUCAAAGCCUUGGUUUCCUCAUUUCCCGAGGACAUGGGCAAUAUGCAACGUCAGUUGAGUAAUUACAAAGAGGCUGCUUCUGAUAUUCAUUCUUUGCGAGCUGAUGUGCAGUCUCUUUCUACUGUUCUUGAUAGGAAGGUAAAAGAGUGUGAGAGUUUAUCUACCAGAUCUAACAACCAAGUUACGGAGAUACAAAAGUUGCAACGCGUGGUCCAAGAUCUGAAUGAAAGUGAUUGGGAAUUGAAGCUGAUACGGAAAAUGUAUAGACAUGAAUCCACUGAUUUGAGGGAGGUCUUGGAGGCCAGGGAUCUUGAAUAUAAGGCAUGGGCUAGGGUUCAAAGUUUGAAGUCUUCUCUUGAUGAACAAAAUUUAGAAUUGCGGGUUAAGACAGCAAAUGAAGCUGAGGCCAUAUCCCAGCAGAGGCUGGCUGCUGCAGAAGCUGAGAUUGCUGACCUGAGACAGAAAUUGGAAGCUUCGAAAAGGGAUAUUUCUAAAUAUUCUGAUGUGCUGAAAUCCAAAAAUGAAGAAAAUGAGGCCUACUUAUCUGAAAUAGAGACUACUGGACAAGCAUAUGAUGACAUGCAAACUCAAAACCAGCAUCUGUUACAGCAAAUCACAGAGAGAGAUGAUUAUAAUAUAAAGCUUGUUUUAGAGGGCUUGAGGGCAAGACAGCUGCGAGACACACUACUGAUGGACAAAAGAACCAUGGAAAGGGAGAUUCAGCAAGCUAAUAUUUCUCUUGACUUCUAUAAUGUGAAAGCUGCAAGAAUAGAUGAUCAGUUAAAUAUUUGUUUGGAUCAGGUUCAUAAACUUGCUGAAGAGAAGUUUCAGAACUCAGGUACAUUAGAAAAUACUCAAAAACGAUUGUUAGAUGUAAGAAAAUCAUCUAAUCAAGUAAGAGACUCACUGGAGGACUCACAAUCUAAGGCCGAAAGAAGUCGAGCAGCUCUUUUGGAGCUGCAGAUAGAACUUGAGAGAGAGAGGUUUGAUAAAAGGAGAAUAGAGGAGGAUUUGGAAGUAGCAAGGAGAAGGGUUUUAUAUCUUCAAGCACAAACGGAGGGGUCAUCGAUUUUAGAAAAGCUUCAGCAGGAACUUAAAGAAUAUCGCGAAAUAGUGAAGUGCAAUAUAUGCCUUGAAAGACCUAAAGAGGCAAGUGGUUGUCAUUACAAAAUGCUUCCACUUGUUCUGCAAUCCCUGUGUGCAAAGAAUUAUUGAAAGUCGUCACCGCAAGUGUCCGGCAUGUGCCACGAAUUUUGGGUCUAAUGAUGUCAAGCCUGUGUACAUCUGAUAGGAAUGGUGAUGAGUUUUCCUGUGCUGCUAAUUGGUGAGGUUCAGUUAAUUCGGGCUCUGAUAUGCCUGCGAUCUUUGACUAGAGGCUUGACCUGUGGAGCUCAUAGGUUUAUGUCUAUUAUUUAGUUGGAGAAUUAUUGAGAGAAGAUUUGACAGGAUACAGGGAGGCUCCUCCUGCCUACUUAUCAACCUGUCAAUUCAUUUUUAGAUUGUGUCUAGAUUGUGAUUCUCUUGGUUUCUUGAGUUCACUGUAUUUACAAUGCUUGUUUCUUCAUUAACUGCUUAGAGCCACUGGAACCUUUCAAUUUAUCAUUUGCAGAUGUUCAGAAUUGAUGGAAAUGCUAUUGCCAAAGGCAUUGAUGGUCAUCCAACCAAUUUUGAGUGGCAAGUGAUGUUCUAAGCCUCUGUAAUGGCAUAUUGGCAGACUGCAUUGGUAAUUGAUGUCAGUUCUCCACCAUCCACCAAGAAUGUAUGGGGAGUUUAACAGAAAAUUUUUGGCUGUACAGUUUUAGCAAAUACAUUAGGUUUUUCAGAAACGUUAGUUUAUGUUAUCUUUGUUUUAAGAACUAGUUAUAUUUAUAAUAAUAGUUUGUGCAAUUUGUACUCGGCAUUGAUUCAAAAAUGUGUACGGGCUUCUGAGACCAAAUUUUGGAGUGUUUUAUAUUAUUUAUUUGUUCUAUCCAA